AUGUCGACAGCAUCUACUCAAUCCCGAGGAGUCAACCGACGGAUCAACAGUAUACAAAAUGAGGGUCGUCAUUCGCGCAACUCCUCUCUUUCGCGUCGCCGACCCGUCGCCGCCAAUGUCGCAAGCAACCAUGCGCUCCGUGUAGCCUACCUAGCCUACCUUUUACAUCCUCGCUCUCGUCGUACCCAAACUGUACCUGCCGCGCCGGCGCAGCAGAAACGGGCGUCUACCUCCAUCCAUGAUUUGAUGAGCGACUUCUCUUUGGUCAGGGACUCAAAGAGCACCAGAAUACCUCAUAAUUUCGUUGCUGAGCUGGAGAAGCGGUUGACGAACGUGUUGAUAGGGAAAGAAAAGCGCAAGGAAUACCAGGAUCAUUUGGUGGUGCGAUCAUUCGCUGCUUUCCUCAAUGUGCUGAAAGAAGAUUCUUUCCGCAAGCGCAUGGAAAAGGAUCGGCGCGCUGAGGAUUUGGUUCUUAUCUUCUACUCGAAUGCCAUCAAAGAGCUUAGCAAGGGCAAAGACCAUGACGAUGAUAGCUGGAAAAUGAUGGUGGACCGACACGUUGCUCUUUUUGUCCGACUACUUGCGUUGAUUUUGAGUGAAAAGGACUGGGCCAAAGAUCGCCCUGAAUUGUCAAAUCGAUUAUCGGUCCUAGAGAACAAGCUUCUAGUGCAAGAUCAGGACUUGAUGGCCGCAAAUGGGCCUACGACAACUACGGAGGUUGUUGCUCCAUUGAGUUAUGAUGUUAAAGACAUGCCUCUCGUGCAACAUGUGGCUAGGGUAUUUGGAAUGGCGACGCUUCAAGCCCAAGCAGAAAUUGAUAAACACAAGAAGAAAUGGACAGAAAAAGCAGCUUUGCAGGAUCUGAAAACCUAUCAAACUCAUUUGAGUCUUCAAACCCAUAAGACUUUGUCUAGGGAUGACUUUGAAUCAGACGAAGGCUAUGAACAUUGGAAGAAGAGCGAAGGGCCUGAUCUUUCUCAGAUGAUGCUUGCUAUCGUGCAGUCAAAUCCAGAACUCGCUAAAAGCACACCUGGCUCCCUACCUCAGUUCAACUCAGCAUCAGGAGAUGACGAUCUUGCAAGAACAGCCUCCGGUCGUACAGAUAGAACAUCCUAUGCCAUUGACCAGCCCGUUGACAUCAGCGGUCUCUCAUUGAGUGGUACCAAUGGUGACUCGGAAGAGUCAGACACAUAUACAUUCAUCCCCUCUGACCCCCGGGCAGUUUAUAGAAUCAUUUUGGCACAAACCUUAACUCACGAUCUGCGUGAUCGGGAAAUCGAGGCAACCCAAGCGACAUCAGAUGCCCCGUCCAUGAAACUGCUAUCAAAGCAGUCAUCUGAAAUGUUAAAUGAGAUUUGUCUCCGCUGGCGGAUACCUCACUUCUCACGCAUUGUGUUGUUUUUGGAUGUGAUGCAAUCAAAAUUCGUGGACAACGAGAUUGAUCUCAACACUUUGGACUCGGCAUUUACUUUUGUGAAAGAAUCGUCGGCUGGCGAUAAGAGUAGCAAACGCAGCAGUUUUGUUGCGUCAGCGAUGUUUGACCGACAAAAGUGGACCGUGCAUGAUAUCCAGAUGAUGCAGCAGCUAUUGUCCAAAAUUCAUGAGGCCUUACUACGCGAACUUUACGAUGUGAUGAUGGACUGUUAUGAAACAAAGCCACGGCCUCUCGGGCCAGUAAUGUAUGUUCUUGAAAAUCACGUUCAGAUGGAUCCAUGUUAUACAGAGGACCCGGCGGACCUUGAACGAUUUGGCUCGUACGUCCAGGAGGGUCUCGCUCAAAAGGCCACGGAAAGGUACCAGAGCCUUCUUAGCCAGUUAAUUUCUGUCAAUCAAGAGUCCUGGCAGGUCGAUGAUAUCAUUCAACUGGGCGAUGCUAUUUCAAAACUCGCAACGAAAAUUCAAAAACGAUACAGGAAUAACCCUGAGAUCAUGGGUGUCAACCCAUACAUAACACUCUGCUCCAGAGUGCUCCCCAUGUUUGCAGAAGAUUCACAGGAAAUGGUUAUUCGUAUUCUUGAGCAAACAAAGGCAAAAGGCGAAGAGAUCGAGAUCGAAGAAGGAUUUGAUCUCUAUAGGCUGCUUGCUACCAUCAGGCGUCUAUUUAUGAAUACAAUUCCUGAUGACCCUUUCCCAUACCAUAUAGAGAGCUUACUAGAGGAAUUCGUCUGGCGAUGGCUGCGUCUAACGGACCAAAGUGUCAUGGAGUGGGUCAACCAGGCCACCAGACAGGAUGCAUUUUCCGUUCGGGCAGACGAAGUUGGGGGUGAUGUCCCAGAAGAUUGCCGGCACAGUGUCUCCGUCAUUGAUGUGUUCCGAUCUUUUAACCAGGUCGUGGAGAACCUAGUCAACCUCGAGUGGGAUGAUGACCUCCAGUAUGCGAAAUUCAUGACUGCGUUAUCCAACUCGAUAGGUAAAGGUGUCGCAAAAUAUUGUGAAUCCUUAGAACAAAUGUUUGUUCGGGAAUUGGACCGCCUCACGCCGGAGCAAGAGGCGGCUUUGAAUCAAACCGCACAGGAGAAGCUUAUGCAGUUUGCCAAGGAUACUUGGACGAACAAGGACAAAAUUGAGCCAUUUCAAUUCUCGUCUGAGUCUUUGGUGAAACUAAAUAACAUUGAAUAUGCGCUCUCUCAAUUGGAUAGGCUUGAACAGGAGAUCAAUGUUGAUGGAUGCGCCGAUGUUAUUGCAAAGAAUACACCUCCGCAACUUAAAAAGGUGCGCAAGGCAACCACUUACGUAUUCACCAUCAAGGUGGUGGAAGCAGAAGAUCUGAAGGCAUGCGACAUGAAUGGCGGCAGUGACCCAUAUGUGGUUCUGACAGAUGAGUACCAAAAGCGAAUUGCGAAGACUCGUAUCAUCUAUAACAACCUCAACCCGCGCUGGGAGGACUCUGUAGAUAUCACGACCCAGGGUGCUUUGAAUAUCAUCGCUACAAUCUGGGAUUGGGAUGCCGUCGGUGAUCAUGACUAUGUUGGCCGAACAUCCAUCAAACUUGACCCCGUUCAUUUCAGCGACUUUUUGCCGAGAGAAUAUUGGCUCGAUCUGGAUACUCAAGGACGUCUUUUGCUUCGUGUCAGCAUGGAGGGUGAGCGUGAUGAUAUUCAGUUCUAUUUUGGUAAAGCUUUCCGUACUCUCAAGCGAACAGAAAGAGACAUGACUCGAAAGAUUACCGAGAAGCUCUCUGCAUAUAUCAGUCAUUGUUUAUCGCGUCGGACAUUAAAGUCUCUACUUUCCCGUGGAAUCAGCAUCUCGAGUGUGUCCAACUUUCUGAACCGCAACCGAGGACAGCCUACUGCGACUGGACCCACCCCUGCCGAUGUCGAGAAUGCCCUCGAUCCUCUAUUCAACUACUUUAACGAUAACUUCGCCAUCAUGAACAAGACACUAACCACUGAAGCCAUGCGAAUGGUUAUGGCCCGUCUAUGGAAAGAGGUUCUUGCAACCAUUGACGGCCUACUGGUCCCACCAUUGUCCGAUAAACCAUCCCAUCAGAAGCCAUUGACUAUCCAAGAAGUCGACAUCGUAUCACGAUGGCUCUUGCUAUUGCUCAACUUCUUCCAUGCAAUCGAUGAAGAAACUGGAGAAGCCAAUGGUGUCCCCAUUGAUAUCUUGAAAUCACCAAAGUACCAUGAGAUUCAAAGCUUGAACUUCUUCUAUUUUGAGCCUACGGAGAAUCUAAUCCGUACUUCUGAGAAGAUGGCCUCGGCCACCGUGAACCGCCAGCAAGCCAAUCGCAACCGCACAUCUGCCCCCGCGCACCUAGGCGCCACCGGUACCAGCUAUGGAGGCCUAGGUGUCCCCGCCGCUCGUCGCGCAAAGAGUAUCAUGCUCUCCCGCAACCUGGGCACCAUGAAGAAGGUUAAAGAGGAGAAGCGCCGUGAAGCACAGGCUGAUCCUAACGACGAUAUGAUCUUGCGUAUCCUUCGUAUGCGCCCUGAAGCUGCUGGAUAUCUUCGUGAUCGUAGUCGUCAAAAGGAACGACUGGCUGCAGCCGCAGCCGCAGAUGCCAUCGUGAAACAAAGUCUGAUGGCCGGGGCUGGAAGUCGAAUGGGUGGAACGAUUCCCCGGCGCUAG